GCCUUACAAACAUUCCACCGCCGCCAGCAGCAAUCAGCUCCCUUCAUCAUCAAGGACACUUCCUUUCAUCCCCGACCAGUUCUGGGUAUGCUCACUUCCUAGGCUCUGUUGAAAGUGUAACAAAGGCCUUCCACAAGAGGUCCGCAGUCAAAUUGACCUCAUCCCCCUUGCUCAAUACCUCUCUCUCAACUUGACACCAUGGCCGAUUUCGAGGAUUCUGCUGCUCGCUACGAAGAUGAUCGCGGUUACGAACGACGCGAUCGAUCUGCCUCACCUCGAGGAGAUCGUGAUGACCGAAACCGCAGCCGAUCUCCCAACGGCCGUGACAGAGCACCGCCACCUCCGUCUGACACUCGCAUGAAAGACCUUGACGAGGAUGCCAUGAACACUGGCUCCAAUCUCUUCGUGACUGGAAUUCACCCUCGUCUCACUGAAGCCGAUGUCUCCCGCCUCUUCGAGAAGUAUGGUGAUGUCGAAAGCUGCUCAAUCAUGUUGGACCCACAUACCAAAGAAUCCCGUGGGUUCGGAUUCGUCAAAAUGGUCUCAAACGAACAAGCGGAGGCUGCUAAGGAAGGCUUGCAAGGCGAGGUUGUCGAAGGCCGCGUCUUGAGCAUCGAGAAGGCUCGUCGUGCCCGUCCUCGUACCCCCACCCCAGGGAAAUACUUCGGCCCUCCCAAGCGUGGUGACUUCCGUGGACCACCUCGUGGUGGUUACCGUGACCGCUAUGAUGAUCGUCGGGGAGGAUACUCAGGCCGCCGUGACGACUACCGUGGCGGCGAAUAUCGUGGCGAAUAUCGCGGUGACUAUCGUGGUGGUUCUCGAUAUGACGACUAUGAUCGACGUGGCUACGGAGGUGGCAGACGCGACCGAGAAGAAGGCUACGGCGGCCGCGGCAUUGAUCGAUACGAGAGCAGGCGCGAAGAGGGCUAUGGCAGUGGCACACGUGGAGAUCGACGUGGCUACUACGACCGCAAUGACGAACGUAGCUACCCUCCUGCUACACGCGACGAAGCCCCUCGUGAGUACGCAGGUGGUCGAGACUAUGCCCGUGAAGAUCGUUAUGCCAGCAGGUAAGCAGAUGGACGAAAGGGAACUUGGCUGUUUGCCCAUUCUCUCAACAAAUUGUGGAAUACCAGCCUUCGAGACAUGGAAUCCGAAUCCCUCCAUGUAUCUGAAAUGGCACUCUGCUAGCUGCAGCAACCAAAAACGUCACCCUGUUGUUUCGAGUCAGAAUGGUUAAUGGUCGACUUCAUUCGGCGCAGCGGGAUUACGGUUAUGGACGGGGCAACGGCGACAAAAGCAAAGCCACAGUUGCUCUUUAUUGACGACGUGGGUGUCGACAUGUAUCACAACGAUUUCGGCUGGGGCUUUUUUUCUCGUACUCGACUGAUUCAUCAUAAUCUUGUUGCGACAGUCAUUUCAGCACGCUUUUCCUUCCACGCACCUUGCUUCAGCCUCGAUAGUUCGCCUUUUCCGCCAAAGAAUCGGCGUCAAGAUCCGACUGACAUGCUUGCCUUACGCAAAUUUCAAUCCAAAAUAAACCAAGAAGAUGACUCGCCCUGCGCCGUACAUACACAGCAUGAUUCACACGCCAGUAGUUUCACCCAGCAGGUCUAACCCGCCUUUGUCAACUCAGCGCCGUCAUUCCGCCAUGCCAAUGCCGCAUUGAAUUCGUGGUGGUCUAGGCAAUCGACGGCACCGCCCACCGACCACCGGAACACCACUUGCUCGACAUGUAAACAUCACCCAUCCUCACUGCACCGCACAGCCCCAACAUUUUCGUUGUUGUGGACAGGUAAGUCGAACACAGCAGAUCGUGGUGAGAAGAUUUGUCCUGUACGGGCCAGGCAGUUGAUGUUCACCCACCGGAGCGGAAUAAAGAUCUGAACGCAACGCGAAGUCCCCUGCCAGUUGGGAACGAACGUUUUGCGUGGAUGUCAGCUUCCCCUGCUGUUGCAGGCGUGACAUUCUCUGCAUGAAACGCAUUAUGAUGAUGCCUGGGUCUCUGCCUCAUGCUUCAGGGCACGCUUGGAAUGACAGAUCAAAGCUGCUCAACUGGAGAAGCAGACAAUCCUGUGUCUCACGGGAAUUCAACAGCUCUCAGAGCAGUCAGGUAAUGCGUAGCUUUUCAAAGGACCACAUGAUCACCGAAUAGUGGCCCAAAUAUGUGAUGUCACUCUACGGUAAGUUCAAAAGCUCUCUCUGGACAAGGCGGUGGGUUUGCAGCUGGACCAGCACAGCUGGGAUUUGUACGAGGCACAAUGGUCAGACCGCCCUGAAUCUUCCUGCGUGCUUUGCAAGCCACGGCAGCUUCCUUGUCCGCAGCCACAGGCACGUUGAAGCCAAGCGACAAGCUCCGGAGUACAUACUUGGUGGUCCUACAUCAUCA